AUGUGGGAGUUUGCCAAUCUUUGCCAGUGGAUAUACAUAUUUGGCAAGGCUGCGAAAAUCGACGAAGCACUCGAGAUCGAGGUAGGGACGGCGUACCUGGCAGUCUCAAUUCCAGCAUUCUCUAAUUUGACUACGGCCCAGGACAUCGAAAACGAAUGCCUCAAGUCUUCUUCAACAAUUUUGUCUGAUAUCGCCCUAGCGCUACUGAAACUCGUUUCGUCACAUCGCGGUCUGACCCACGAAAUCCUCAACGACCAGCUGCGCAAAGAAUACAGUUUCAGACUACCUUUCCAAAAUCCACUGGGCGACGGUGAAACUAAUUUCUCCGAUCUUGACACGCCGACUAAAAUAAUCGCUCUUCAGCAGCUCACGCAAUGGGUCAUGAGUCGACCUGAGCGAUUACGAGAGAAAAUGGAGGAGUUACACGACAUUGAUCAAACCAGCUGGAGAAUUGAACCCUAUGGCUGGGAUGCCGAUGACCGCACGUACUACGUCUUGGAUGAUAAUCGAGUCUAUCGCUUAUCCGAAGCUUCAGAACCACCAGUGCGAAGGCGCAAGAAUCAGAAGACAUAUGGUGCAAAUAUGCGGUCCGGGAGAGGUCGACAAUCAGGCAGGUCUAUAACAGAAAACGGUGCUGCACCAAUAUCUUCCGAUCCUGAUAGCCCACAAGCGAAGAGUAACUUAGGCGAUUUGGAUUGGGAGUGCGUGGCUGUCACGCUGGAUGAUGUACGGCGCCUGGUCGACAAAUUUCGAAAGACGCGUGAUGCGAACGAGAAAAUACUGCGAAAUCAGCUCGAUGCGCACUUGUUACCAAUAUUGGAAAAGCAAGAGGAGUCAAAGAAGAGGAAACAGGCGCAACACCAGCGGGAGUUGUUAAGUCUUGCCAAAAUGGUCAACGCAAAACGCUCCAGUCGAAUUGCUGGAAAGGUCGAGCAACGAAAGGAAGAAGAGAAAGCGAGGGCGCAGCGCGACAUGGCCGAGAAAGCACUUCAGAUUGAACAGGGUGAGAGAUUGAAGCAAAUAAAAUCAGAGCGAGAGCGAGACUUCAGAAUGUUCUCAAGGGAAAAGAGGCUGAAAGAGAGGGCAGCAAGACGACGCUUGCACGAAGAAGAACUGGCUCAACUUUCGGAAGGUCGCGAUCCUGCCUCCGUUGGCCGCGCUCGUAUUUCUGGCCGGCAGCUACAAUCUGAAAUUGAUCGCAAUAGACUGGCGCUCAAGGCAUUGGAUGGUGAAGAAGAAGAUUGGUCUUUUGAUUGCGUGUGCGGCUUGCAUGGACAGGUUGACGACGGUGCCCACAGCGUUGCUUGCGAAAGAUGCAAUGUUUGGCAGCACAGCAAAUGCGUCGGAAUUGAGGAAGCUGAAGCUGAUCGUGCAGAAUUUCAUUUCAUCUGUGUUAGUUGUAAGCAACAGACGGAAAAGGCGAGCACUUCUCGCAACACUGUUAUCAAGUUCAAGGCCAGGACCUCUGGCAAGUUAAUCCCGCACCCGUCCGGUGACAGGGCAUCGCAGGUCAUCCCGCAGCCGUUUCUACAUCCCACGGAUCCCGGCAUGUCAAUGAACAUGUUUCAAGUCACCAACGAUCCAUUUGGUACCCCGCAGGGAAUAUCACAGUCAUCCACCAGAGUGGAAGACAGCGUUAGGACCAAUACGAAGUUGUUUUCCAAUAGCAACGAUGUUGGAGGCAGCACUGAUGAACCGGAAACUCGUCACUUCAACAAGCAAGGAGUCAACGGAAACGGUUGGUAA